GGCGCCGCUCUCCAAGGCCGUCCAGAACGCGAGUCAGUCGGUGUCGUCGUCGGCGGACAUGUUAAAUUCGGCCGUCAACUCUCAGACGACGUCCCCAAAGUGCUGAAAGCAGUGCAUCGUGAGUGCGGUGUUGCCCUUUGAGCGUCGGUGUCGUCGGCAGACGGCGGAGGCGGUGUCGGUGCUGGUGGCGGGCCGCGGCCAUCGGGUCCUCCAAGGGUGGUGUACAAGUGCACCGAGCCGGAGUCUAGCGCGUCGUCGCCGUCGUCUAUUUUGGUGCGCGCCGCGGCGGCUGGAUGUAGUGGGGCCACCCGUCCUAGUAAAAAUAGCACCGUGAUGGCGGGCCCCCGCUGGUGACGGGGCCGGGGGCCGUGGGCCGCGAUGAUCGGGUGCUGAGCGCGAGCGCGGCGGGCGAGGACAGCCACGGUGGCGUCGGGUCCAGAGUGCGGCCCCGUGGCCGCCGACAAGGGGGCUGAUUGCUGGUGGUCCCCUCUGGCGGCCAUGGGCUGCUUCGGCAACAGGGACGCCGCCGCCGCCUCCUCGGAGGACAUCAGGAGUCAGAAGAGGAUCAACGACCACAUCAACAGACAACUCGCCAAGGAGAAGCAGGUCUACAGGGCCACGCACAGGCUGCUCCUCCUGGGGGCGGGCGAGUCCGGCAAGUCCACCAUCGUCAAGCAGAUGCGGAUUCUGCACGUCAACGGCUUCAGCGAGAGGGAAAAGAAGCAGAAGAUUGAAGACAUCAAGAAGAAUAUCAGAGAUGCCAUUAUUACAAUAACGGGAGCGAUGUCGACUUUGUCUCCUCAGGUGCAAUUAGAAAAGCCAGAGAAUCAAGCCCGAGUGGACUGGAUUCAGGAUUGCGCGACUGGUCCCGACUUCGAUUACCCACCAGAGUUUUAUGAACACACAGAGGCUCUCUGGAAAGACAAAGGUGUACAGGCUACGUACGAUAGAAGUAACGAAUAUCAAUUGAUAGAUUGUGCGAAGUACUUCCUUGAUCAAGUGAGUGUAAUCAAACAACCCAAUUACACUCCAACAGAGCAGGACAUCCUGCGCUGCCGUGUACUUACCAGCGGCAUAUUCGAAACGCUCUUCCAGGUUGACAAAGUCAACUUUCACAUGUUCGAUGUCGGUGGCCAAAGGGACGAAAGACGAAAAUGGAUCCAAUGUUUCAAUGACGUCACGGCGAUUAUCUUCGUCACGGCGUGUAGCUCGUAUAACAUGGUUCUGAGGGAGGAUCCCACCCAAAAUAGGCUAAAAGAAAGCCUUGAACUGUUCAAAUCCAUAUGGAACAACAGGUGGUUGCGUACCAUUUCCGUCAUACUUUUUCUCAACAAGCAGGAUCUGCUCGCGGAAAAAAUCCUUGCAGGAAAAAGCAAACUGGAGGAAUACUUUGAAGACUUUGCGCGCUAUCAGCCGCCACAGGAAGUCGCGAACGACGCAAACGAACAUCCUGAAGUUUUUCGCGCCAAGUACUUCAUCCGAGACGAGUUCCUGCGUAUAAGUACAGCCUCUGGUGAAGGCAAGCACUAUUGUUAUCCUCACUUUACUUGUGCCGUUGAUACGGAGAAUAUCAAGAGAGUGUUUAACGACUGCCGUGAUAUCAUUCAGCGUAUGCACCUCCGCCAGUAUGAACUCUUAUAACCGCCCACCUCAUUUUUUAGUCUGUUGUUUUGUCUCCAACGCUUUCUUACUAACAAAAGUCGAUUCCAUGAUGAUUACGUUUGUCAACUAACACACACACACAUACACAAACUGUAGGACCAACUGAGACAACGCAAAUUUCAUUUUUUCGUACUAUAUAGUGUCGUCAGUAACAAACCAACCAAGUUGAAAAUUUGGCAAACGUAACACGUUCUCUGUCAGUCGCAUGCAUUUCAUUUGUUUUUGACAAUUUUUUAUCGUUUUUAGACACGCGAGUAUCAUGAUAAAAGUACAAAUCACUGAAGUUUCAGUCAAUUUGCCAUAAUCUCUUCUUUUGUUCGAGUUUUAUGAUUUCUCAUGGACCCAUAUGUGUUUGUCAUGAACAUCAUUGUGAUAUCAAAUUAGUGGUUAUAGAUCAUAUAAAAUAGCAAAUAAGUUAUUGAUUUACCGAUUUUUCGUUUUACGUUGAGUGGGGGCGUCCCCGAAACAAGCCAACUUGAUUUUGACGUUUACGGGGGGCGGUCGCUAUGGUGCUCUCUUUCAUUUUUUACUGUAGAGGCGCCCCCGCGAUCGGUGAAUAUGUUCAUGGAUUCUAUUCAUAUUUUUGGAAUUGUGAUAAUCUAAACUUUUUAUACACUUAUCAAUGAAUUGUUUGUAAAAAAGUCGAAUUUCGUGUGCAAUCUCAUUUAACAAGUCAAGGAUCGCAGUUAACAAUCAUUAUUUGUAAUGAUAUAUUUUUAUAUGUUAACCUUAAAGUGUUGUAUUUAUUUUUAUUAUUCGUUGAGAUUAGUGCUAGUGCAAUAAGUUUAGUUGAUGAUUUUGGCACAAGUGUUGUGCGUCUGCUCAAUUCAAAGAAUUCGUACUUAAGGACGUGUCCGGGCGUUUUUGAGUUGAGUGGAGCCAGGUUUAGUUGUUGGUUUUACUAAUCUACUACAGAUAGUGUAAGCGAUGGAGACUUUUAAUUUUUACAAUCUGUAGAUGCACAAAGAAGAGUGUGAAUCUAGCUAUAUGUCCAUGAAACCAUCUUGUAAAAUAAGGUACGGAACUAGUGUAAUACAUCACUAUAGAUCAGUGUGUUUCGUCUCUCGUUCUGAUUGGUUUCUUAUCGGUUUUAGUUUACCUUAUUUGUGAGUUCGGUUCGGCGGGAUUAUCACUCUGAUAAAUUCAUGCUUUUAUUAGUUCGGUAGUGACUAAUUAAUAAUAAAAUAUAUAUGUGCCGCUAGUCUAAUAAACGGAACAAUGAAAUUGCGUUUGUUCAUUUGUUUUUUAUUUUGGCGAGUUGCACUGUUCCAGUUUAAAAAGUUUACUGAAUGUUAUAUUUGUUAAUAAAUUAUAAAUAUUUAUAUCUGUAAAAGUGAGUUUGUGGUCAAGUCGUAGAAACGUUUCUUUUCUUUACUCAAAAAACUUUUACCGGCCAGAAUAUUCGAUGUCAUUGAAUGUAUAGAAGAUAAAAAAGUUUUACUUCUUGACUAUAUACACACUCUAAGAUUCGGCUGACUGUAUUAUAUCAGCAUAUUGCUCGUCCGUCGUCACUUCUCAUAGAAUCUCCUAAGUUUAAAGAAAAAAAAACAUUUUUUGUUGUCAAUAUGCCGAUACCAUACAUGAACCUGUUCUUCCUGACUCCUGGUGACUCAGAGUGACCUCGUGGUCGGGCUAUUGCACAACUGCAGUAAAAGCAAUUUUGUCUAGGUAUAUGGGAAGAAAAGCAGCGAGCGUGUGUGUGAAUGUCUGUGCGCGCGCAAAUGUGUGUGUGAAUUCAUCGUUGUGAGCUGAUCUAAGCAGUAUUCUUUUGUUUUAUUUGUUUAUUGUUUUGCCAAUAUUGUAUAUGUGAACACAAUGUGAGAUUCAAAGCAUGCGCUGUUUGGUGAAAACUGCCUGUAAUGAAUCUUGUAUCUAUAAAUAUAUAAAUAAAUGAAUAAAAUAUGAAAUUAUA